CUGAAACGGCAUCUUUUUCUGAUAAGAAGCGUCAGAAUUAUCAUAUCCCAGAAGUUCUAGAUAUAUUCGGCAGAAUCAAGAUGUAUCUGGAAGUACCCUUAAUGCCAAGAAAAAACAAGGUCAUUAUUCAUGGAAAUAUAUCGCUACAAUACAAUAAUGCUUGGAACCCCUCUAUAAAAAUCACAGCUACAAAGACAGUGCCUACAUAGAACUAUGUAUAAUUUUGGACUGUGCUUAGUAAUCUUAUUGACUAAUGGAGAAAACACAUAGUUCAAGUAAUAGUAAUCCUUUGUAUGAGAAGUACAUUCAUAAGUCAUAUGUCUAUAGAGCUUAUGUAUGCCUUCACCUGCUGCUUUUGCUGAGUUUCUUGACUUAUCGUUUAUUGUAUUCCCUGGAUGAAUGCUGUGGUGUAAUAUGGAUCAUUGCUUUUUGCUGUGAGCUUUGGUUUUCUUUGCAAUUCGUUCUUUAUCACAACUUGAUAUGGCUGUCGGUUGAAUAUAAAGCAUACCCAGAGAGGCUUGUACGCAGGUAUGGUGGAGUACCUGCUUCUAAGCUUCCUUCUGUGGAUAUAAUUAUCACUACAACCGACCCUUAUAAGGAGCCUGCUAUAGUAACGGCCAAUACUGUUCUUUCAGUGCUUGCAUUGGAUUACCCAGUAGAAAAAAUUGCAUGUUAUGUAUCAGAUGAUGGUGGAUCUCCUAUUACUUUCUACUCUCUGGUGGAAACCUUGGAAUUUGCAAAAAAAUGGGUGCCCUUCUGCAGGACCUUCAAUAUUGAGUUAAGAGUUCCUCUAAUGUAUUUCUCCAAAAUACCCAAGUCAUCGGACCCAAAAUUUCUUCAACAAUGGCAGUGCAUGAAGAAUGAAUAUGAGGGUAUGAAGAAAAGGAUUGCUGAUGCAUUGGAGACAGGACAUGUUACAUUGGAUUCUGUUUCCGAGAACGGUGUUAAUGAUUUUAUGUACAAAAGCUCAGAUGCUAAAAACCAUUCAAGUAUAGUGAAGGUUAUUCAUGAAAACAAAGUGGGCCAAGAAAAGGAAUGUCUUGUUCUGCCACACUUAAUAUACGUUGCAAGAGAAAAAAGACCUAUGGUCAAUCAUCAUUAUAAGGCUGGAGCAAUGAAUGUUAUGGCGAGAGUAUCGGGAGUGAUGACCAACGCUCCUUUCAUUCUCAAUUUGGAUUGUGAUAUGCAUGUCUGCAACCCAAAAGUUAUACAGCAUGCCAUGUGCUUUUAUUUGGACUGUCCUUCCGAAAGAGCUUGUGGAUUUAUUCAAUUUCCUCAGUUGUUUUAUGGAACCCUUCAGGACGACCCAUUUGGAAAUCAGUUAAAAGCAGUGUUCAAUAUCCUUUUCAAUGGAAUGAAUGGAAUCCAAGGCCCCGUGUAUGGAGGAACAUGCUGCUUCCAUAGAAGAAAAGGGUUGUGUGGAGUCCCACCGCAAACAUUCCCUGCAGAUCAACACUACAGUAAAGAAAAAUGUCUUAUUAUCAAGGAAAAGGAGUUUCAAGCUGAAGCUAUAAAAAGUGCAUUUGGAGUAUCUUCAGCUCUUGUAGCAUCUGCUGAGGCCAUUAUGAGAGACAAUGGGUUCCAAAAUAAGUCAUAUCCUUCGCUCACUAUAGAGGAGGCCUUGAAAGUUGCUAGUUGUAGCUAUGAAGCUAACACUGCUUGGGGAAAAGAGUUGGGAUGGAUGUACGGAUCGUCUGUUGAGGAUGUCAUGACAGGGCUGAAAAUUCACAGCUUAGGUUGGCAUUCUAUAUAUUAUGCCCCUGAGAAGCCUUGUUUCAUGGGAUGUGCACCAGGGAAUGGUCCAGACAGUCUUGUGCAGUACAAGAGAUGGGCCACAGGAUUGCUAGAAAUAUUGAUAAGCAGAUUGUCCCCUUUCUUGGGUAUGAAUAGACAACUGACACUUCGCCAGAGGAUGCUUUAUGCUUAUUGUACCAUGUCUACAAUCACCUCAAUGGCAAUAUUGGGUUAUGUGCUAUUGCCCGCGUUCAGUCUAUUAACUGGCAAAUCAUUCCUUCCCAAGGUUGAGGACCCUGCAUUUACUGUUGCAGCUGGUUUAUUCCUUUCAAUGUAUGGAAAUGGGCUUCUUGAAUAUCUUAUGUGCGGUUGUUCUGUGAGAGAAUGGUGGAAUAAUCAGAGAAUGACGUUGAUAUCGAGAUUAUCGUCACAUUUGUUUGCAUUAUUUGAUGUUGUGAUGAAGUCGAUAGGAUUAUCUGAAACCGUUUUUGUUGUAACACCAAAAGGAUGUGAGAAUGAGGGUAAUGAGGGUGAUUUUACCUUUAAUUCUUCUCCUUUGUUCAUUCCACCAACUACAGUGUUAUUGAUAAACUUAGCAGCUUUAGUUCAGAGCACUUUGCAAAUUGUGGGUGGGCAAUGUGAAGUUAAGGACAUGCAAUUUGCAGAGUAUUUUUGCAGCGUUUGGGUGGUGAUUAAUCUGUGGCCCUUCUUGAAAGGACUGGUCAAAAAGGGUAAACGUGGACUUCCAUGGAGUGUGGUCAUUAAAGCUAGUGCUUUGGCUCUAUUUCUAAGUAGAGCAUGGCUUCGUUAAGCAUUUCUUUUGCUUUUUAUGUUUAUGGUAGAUGUUUUUUCAUAAUCUAUUUAUAAAUAGCUCAUUUAUUCUUA